GAGAAAGAGCGAUAUGAGGAGAACCAGGCUGAGGGAGAGAGGGACCGAGAGGGGAGGGAGGGGGAGCGGAAUGAUGACCAGAAGGAGACUGAGGAAGAAGAACUUAGAAAGAAAGAGACGAAGGCAGAAGAGGUAGAGGAGGAGGAGAAAGUGGAGAUGAAGGACAGAAUGAAUGAGGAGAUGAGGGAAGAGCCCAGACUGGAGGAGGAAAGGGGGGAUGAGGAAGAGCGCACCAAAGAGCUGGAGGAGCUCCUCGCGAAGGAGAUAAGGAAGAUAGGAAAGGAAGAAAAAGAGGACAGGGAGCUUGAGGAGCUGAAGAAGAAAAGGUACGAGUCGGUGAAGGAGAAAAGGUACGAGUUGGUGAAGGAGAAAAGGUACGAGUCGGUGAAUGAGAAAGAGCUCCAGAGAGGGUCAGAAGCGGAGGAGGAGAGGAAGAAGGAUGAGGAGGAGCAGAAAAAUGGAGAGAGAGAGCGGCUAGACAUUUUUGAGAACGAAGAGAGGAAACGCAGCGAGGAGAGGAAGAACAACGAGGUGGAGCUGCUGGUGGAGAAAGAGAAGGUGGAGCGGGAGCUCAAGGAGCUGCUGGAGGAACAGGACAGCAAGAAGAACGUGGAGAAAGAGAAAGAGAGGGAGGAAAAGCAGGAGGAACUGGAGGAGCUCCUCAAAAAGAUGAAACGCGUGCAAGAGGAAGAGGAGCAAGAAGAGGAGGAGAGGAAGAGCGAGAAUACCGGGGAUGAGGCGAAAGUGGACAAAGAGAGCGAGAAGGAGGGAGCGAUUCGCAAGGAAUUGGAGAAGGUGAAAGAGGGAGAGAGUGAGGAGGUUAAGGAGCCUCAGCAGAAGAGAGUGAUGGAGAAAGCGAGUGAUGAGUCGACCCGUCAGUUUGAAAAGGAGAGGAACAGGGAUGAUGAUGAUGACGAUGAUGAAGAAGCAGAUGAGGAAGAUGAGGAUGAAAACAAUGAGGAUUGGGAAGAGGAAGAGGAAGAGGAAGAGGAAGAGGAGGAUGAGGACAAAAAGGAGGAUGUUGAGGAGGAUGAAGGAGAGGUAAGUGGGCGAGAGUCAACAUGAUUUAGCACGACUGAGCUUGUAAAGUUGAUAUUGUAAUUGCUAAUUGACUAUGUCUCUUUCUGUGUGUGUGUGUGUGUGUGUGUGUGUGUGUGUGUGUGUGUGUGUGUGUGCGCGCACCUAACACACGGUCUGACCUGUUCUGUGUGCCUACAGGAGCUUCUGGAGAUUGAGGCAGAGCUGCGAAAAGUAGCUGCAGAGCUUCGGGAGCUUCACAGGGGUCGUUAA